CUAAAGCUUCUAAUGACAUAAACAAAGCUGCAUGCCAGACAUAAACUAAGCAUAUAGCGACCCAUAAAGCACCCAAUUACAAGCAAGCAGCAGACGUGUCGCGGAGGACACGCAAGACCGGCCCCCAACUGCUCCUCUAUUUCGAAACGCUUGUUUGACUUAUACUAACAUAGGCACGGUAUGGAGCUCCGACGACGACAAGCGCGUCUCGUCGGUGCAAUUCUCUUUGGAAUCUUCGGCUUCUACAGCCGAAACCCGUUCGCAGCCCAGGAACUGGAACACCCGUCUUUAACUGUUACACCGCUGUCAGUGGUGCACACAGUGACGGGCCUUUGGAGCGAGCUUGCUCUCAGCGCGGCCAAGGAAACGGUGAAAGCUAUCAACAAGGGUUCGGAGUUCCAGCUGGAACUGCACGAUGUACCUUUGGAUACCUUCCAGGUUCUCGUGGGCCGGCGGCACCAGCUCGGUGUGGAGAUCGACGGCAUCACCUACAAUCUCCUUAUUGGCAACGAAGCCGAGGCGCUAGAGCAGGCGCGGCAGCGCUCCGCAGCUGCGGCAGCACAAGCCUCCGCCAACGCAGCUGCCGCCGCGGCCGCCGCCACUUCAGCCACAGCCGCCCAGGCGCUGCCGGGGCCUGACGCUGCCAGCGGCAGCGGAGCUGCCGCCGCUGCUGCUGCCGCAGCGGGCGCGCUAGCGCCCGCGCUGCCGACCUCCGCACUUGCCUUCGCUCUCGAGGGCGCCGCGAGCAGCGUGGGCGGCGGAGGCGGUGAGGCGGUGGGGCUGCUGGCUCCGCUGCAGAUGCUGGGCGGGGUCCGGGGGCGGCGGGCGCUGGAGCUGCCUGAGACGGUGCUGAUGGGGCCGCUAGAGCUGGUGCUGAAGCAGCCCGAGAACGUGGGUGUAUACACGCCCCUCGCUGCAGACGUGGGCGGCCCGGUGCGGCGGCUGUUGGUGGAGGCGGGCGUCAGUGUGCGGGUCGCGGGGCUCAAGCAGGUGGCGCUCAGGCGCCCUGUGGACCUGCCUCGGCUGCCGGGGCAGUACCUGGCGGAGGUGUGGGCGCAGCUGCAGCUGGGGCAGCCGGAGGAGGGCUUCGAGGCGGCGCCCGGCAUCAUGUUCCUGGCGUCCAGGCUGCGUGAGGCUGCCAUAGAGGCCGCCACCAACGCCAGUCUCAAGGCGGGACGGCAGGCGCCGCCGCCGCCGCUGCUGUCCUUCGACAUUGAGACGGUGUCGCCGGGCUCGCUGCGCAUCUCCUCGGCGCCCGAGCUGCCACCCGAGCUGGCGGGGACGGAGCCGGCGCCGCGGCUGCGGGCGCGGCGGCAGGCGGGCGGCACUGUGGAGCUGUCGCUGCGGCAGGGGCAGGUGAGCCCGGCCGGCGGCGCCGGCGGCUCCGCGCUCUCCUCCGGCGCGGCCGCCGCACUGGCCCUGGCUCGGCCCUGGGCCUGGCCGCUGCCGCACACGGCCGCGGCGUCCUGGCUGCCGUACGAGUCGCUGCUGCGGUCGGUGCUGGCGGCGCACCCCUUCAAUGUGGAGGCGGUGGUGAAGCGGGGCAUCGCCAUGCGGCUGACCAAGUCCAGCAUCCAGGGCGUGCACAUGGUCGCAUUCGACAUGAUGGUGCGAUCGCGCACCCCUCGCCCGCCCGAGCUGGAGGGGCAGCCCUUCGAGUGGAACGAGAAGCCGAUGGAGGUCUGGGAAGCUGUGGUGCAGGUGCAGCCCAAUGAAGGCGCCAGUAGCGGCUCCAGCUCUACUUUCGGCGCCGGCAGCAGCAGUAGCAGCACCGGCAGUAGCAGCAGCGGCUACAGCUUCGUGCCGCUGCAUGUGGCUCGCAAGGCGGCCUACCAGAACACGCUAAGUGUGUCGCGGGCGGCGCAGCUGGCGGCGCUGACGGGCGGGCGCAACGAGUCGGUGGCGGGGCGGGUGCCGGGGGACGGGUAUGACACGGAGGAUCUGGGGCUGGCAACCAAUGCGCCCUGAUUGUGAUUGGACCCCUCACAAUUUGUGAGGGGUCCAGAUUUGAGGGUCCUGGUUUGAGGGGUCCUGACGGGGGCUGUGCGGUGAUGGCGGUUGGCGACAGGGUCAGGGAUUGUGCGAGGUUGUGUCUUGUACCAAUUGAGAGUUGAGGGGCUUUCGGAAGCUGCUGAGCGGCUGCAGAGCGGCAGGAGAGGAUCUAUGCUCGUAAGCCAGUUAGGUUGCUGGCAGCCCGACUGGUGUUUGUGGGGCUGGCAAUGCAUGGUACGUAAGGUAUUAGAGAGGGGGGAGCGCCAGGUGAGGCCACAAGGCGAGAGCAGAGGCACACCGGAGCCGCAUGUUCAUGCUGAUGCGAGCUCCCGGUGUGCUCACACAGUUUUGGCGCAUGCUAGCGACUGUUCAUCUUCUAGAGCGGGCGACAAUGUGUGCAGGAGUGUAAGAUGUGUGCAUGCGUGUGCAUGUAUGGGCACGGGGGGCCUUGCUGGUCGUGCUGGUUGAUGAGACAAAGCGGGUCGCGCGGCUGAAAAGGUGACACGACAGAGU